AUGGAGUGCAACAAGGAUGAAGCUCUGAGAGCCAAAGAAAUUGCUGAGAAUAGAUUGCAGACUGGUGACUUUGCAAACAAACUCUCUACAUCUGAUAUGGACUGGUAUGGAAUUCUUCUAACUGAUAAAUUUUCUGAAGAAGCAACGAUAAAGAAACAAUAUAGAAAACUUGCACCGCUACUUCAUCCUGAUAAAAAUAAAUCUGCUGGGGCAGAGGCCGCUUUCAAGUUGAUUGUGGAAGCUAACAGAACAUUGAGUGACCCAGCAAAGCAUUCUUUAUAUCACAUGAAGAUUAGCCGCCUUGCUGGAAUUAAAGCACCUCAGGCUCCAUCCUAUCACCAUAAUAGUUUUCAUUCACAGUUUCAUACUCAAAAUUCGAAAUUGAAUAAACAUGAGACAUUUUGGACAUCAUGCCAACAUUGUAAUACUAAGUAUGAAUACUACAAAAACAUUAUAAAUGCCACCUUGCAUUAUCGAAAAUGUCUUAAACUUUUCAAAGCUCGCGAUAUAGGGUCGCCGGUUGCACCAUCAGGACAAACAUCAUCAUUUUACAGACAUAAAGAUACUCCAAACCACGUGCCACCAAAAGAAGCAUCACAAAGUAAUGGUGGAAAACUUCAUGGUAAAGGACCAGAGGACAUAUUUGUGCCCCUUCGUCCUGUAUAUAUGACAAAACCUGGGGCCGGAGAGGGGGCCUCUUGUAAAGUUCAAAAGAGUAAAGAUGGCCAUGGUACUGCUGGUGUGACAAAGGCUGCUGCUGGAACUUCCAACCAUGCUACAUCUAAGGCCAAGCCAUCACGAACACAAACAAAUGUUGGAAGUAAGAGAGCAAGGCAGUCAGCAUCAGCAGAUUCAGUUGAUGGAAAUGGCAUGAAGCAGAUUUGCCUAUUGCGUGCAGGAGAAACUUGGGCAAUUUUCAGACAUUGGGAUAUGGGAUGGGGUUCUAAACCUGAAAAGAAUGCAGAAUAA